AUGUAUCGACAUAUUGCACAAGAAUUUCAAGCCAUUUUAGAAGACAACCCACAAGUCCGUAAAGAGGUUAUUCGACGUUUAUUAACUUUAAAUAAUCAGGAACAGAGUCCAGAAAAAUCAACAAGAAAACGAUUGAAAAGGAAUAUUGGAUCAUCCUCAUCCCAGUCUUCAUCAUCUAAUAGUCGUCAAUUACAAAUCGAUCAGUUUAGUGCUCGUUUGAUCCCGCUACAAGAAAAACAAGAAAUUGAUCGGUCAUUAUUACGUGCAUUCAUCAUGUGCGGCAUAUCAUUUCAGACAGCGAGCAACAUAUUUUUCAACGAGUUUCUAAAUAAAUUGAAUUCGAUGUAUGUGCCACCCGAUCGAAUGAAACUAUCUCGAGACUUAUUAAUACAAGAAACAAUUCUUGUUGAAAGUAAAAAUGAUGAAAUGUUAAACGAAACUCAACAUUUAACAUUGAAUAUAGAUGGAUGGACGGACCAAGCGGGUCAUUCAUUGUAUGAAUACAACGUUGUUCCACAUGCUGUUAUGCCAGAACGUUUAUUUUCAAUGUUAGAUUGGCAAAAUACAAAACGAAGAACUAAACUAAAUCCAUUCACAUUGGAAAGUGUAUCAAACAUUUACACGUAUCAUAAAAAUGCUUUUAAUACUGAAUCACCUAUCGAUAUGGAAAAAAUUGAGGAAUGUUUAAUGGACGAGUUGAAAGCUACAACAGGAAAAAGUCCAACUACAACCACAAAUGUUUUAUCAAACAGUUUGCAAACAUUUAUGCGAACAGUCGACGAGAAUCAACGAAUUUUAUGUGAAUUAGCUGGUACCGAUAAAAUUGACGAACAAAAUAUUGAAGAUAAAGAUUUAUUAGAUUUAACAACAAUGAUCAACCAUGACGAUCGAGAAUUGACAAAAGUGUUGGCUGAUGUUGAUCUGGCAGAAGAAGAGAGCAAUGGUGGUGAAGGUGAUGAAAGUACUCCAACAGAAGCAACCGAUGAUGACGGUCAUAAUGACGAUUACAACAUUGAUGAUAUUCUUCGCCUUCUAUUUGUCACAAGCAUAUAG